AUGACCGCAGAAGAAGAAGAAGAAGAAAAAGAAGAAGAGUGGACGACUCUGAAACACCGACACGAAACGAACGUUCCUCCAUCUCUCUCCUCCUAUGAAGAAGAAGAAGAAGAUGGAACAACGUGCGUUUCGUCCGUGUCCGAAGCCAUCGAUAUCGCUUUGCGUGCUUUCGAAUCUCGAGCGGAGAUGUACUCUCGAGUGAAACGUGCUCACGGGGACGUUUUAGAACGUGUACGCCGAGGAGAGCGAGGAGAGUCGUCGUCGUCCGUCGCUUUUGUGGAAUACGAGAAAUCGUUAGCCGCGUUUGCUUCGGACAUGAACGAGCUGAACGGGAAGUUGAAGCACGUUUUGCAAUAUCUCGCUCGAGAAGAAGAAGAAGAAGAAAAAGAAGAAGAGGACGAAAAGCGAGUGUGUUUUCAGCUCUUAAAAUCGGUUCAAGAACAAGAGAAGGAGAAGUUACGACUGACGACGGUGGAGAUGGCGUUGAAGACUCACUACGAGAUGAAGAAUUGGUCGUGGCAACAGGACGGGUACGUGGAAGAGGAAGAAGAGCGGGAGGAACGAGAAGAGGAGAAAGAAAACGCCUCGUCGGCUUCGGCGUUGAAGCCGUCGUGGGCGACGUACGUCGACGGCGAGAAGAACGACGCGUACGAAGGGCAAAGGAAGUGCUGCGAAGAAGCUCCGGAGCCAACAAAGAUUGAGUUUGAAAACGCGAUGAAAGAAACGACUGUAGGAUUGGAAAAUUGUAUACAAACGAUCAACGACGCGAGAGAGGAGUUGUUGGAAAUUAAAGCGUCUUUCUUGUCUCUUUGA